GAAAGAAUAAAGUAACAAAUACUAAUAAAAGUUGUGAGAUUUAAUUAUCUCUUCGGUAUCGUUAAAAGAAUGCCAGGUGUUACAGAUAUGUCUUUGGAUCACAUGUUUUGUUCUCGCUGUAAAGAUGGCUUUGUAGCACAUGAAAAAAUUGUUAAUUCACGUGGAGAAUUAUGGCAUCAGCAAUGUUUUGUAUGUGCACAAUGCUUUCGACCAUUUCCAGAUGGAAUAUUUUAUGAAUUUGAGGGAUAUAAAUAUUGUGAACAUGAUUUUCAUGUUCUGUUUGCACCUUGUUGUGAAAAAUGUGGAGAAUUUGUUAUCGGACGUGUAAUAAAAGCAAUGAAUGCUAAUUGGCAUCCAGGAUGUUUCCGCUGUGAAGAAUGUAAUGGUGAAUUAGCUGAUGCAGGUUUUAUUAAAUGUCAGGGUAGAGCUUUAUGCCAUACUUGUAAUGCCCGUGUAAAAGCAGGAGCAUUUGGAAAAUAUAUUUGUCAUCAGUGCCAUGGUAUAAUUGACGACAAACCUUUACGUUUUCGUGGAGAAUUAUAUCAUCCCUAUCAUUUCAAUUGUACAGCUUGUGGAAUAGAACUUAAUUCUGAUGCUAGAGAAGUGAAUUCUAGACCAGGUUAUGCAGCUAAUGAAAUGAAUGAGUUGUAUUGUUUGAGAUGUCACGAUAAAAUGGGAAUUCCAAUUUGUGGUGCAUGUAGACGUCCAAUUGAGGAACGUGUAGUUACUGCUUUAGGUAAACACUGGCACGUUGAGCAUUUUGUCUGUGCAAAAUGUGAAAAACCAUUUUUAGGUCACAGACAUUAUGAGAAGAAAGGUCUAGCUUACUGUGAGACACAUUAUCAUCAACUUUUUGGAAAUCUGUGUUUUGUAUGCAAUCAAGUAAUAUCUGGCGAUGUUUUUACAGCUUUAAACAAAGCGUGGUGUGUUCAUCAUUUCGCAUGUGCAUUUUGUGAUCAAAAAAUGAAUCAGAAGACUAAGUUCUUUGAAUUUGACUUGAAACCAGCUUGUAAAAAAUGUUACGAUAAGUUUCCACAGGAAUUGAAAAAGCGCAUGCGUCGUAUGUACGAUUUAAACCCUAAGAGAAUACCAGCUUAAAAACGAAAUGUCAAACUACUUAUGUAAAUUAUUUGAGAUGA